GGGGGGGGGGGGGGGUAUAGUGUAUUUUCGUCGAAUUCACGUGGCCAUGCUGUUUGGCAACUCCCGGUGCGAAACCGCCUCCGGCUUCCUCAUUCUGUGACUUUGGAAUACACGGCGCGCACGGUGCUCUGUGGCUCUCCGACAAGCUCUGCGACACGGUGGACUGUGCCUGAGAUGGCGCAGUGGCAGGCCCUGCUGAGUCUGGACUCAGCCCUCCAGGCGCAGGUGAUUCAGCUGUACGAAAGGAAAUUCCCCAGACAUAUCCGCCACUAUCUGAGCGUCUGGAUUGAGAACCAGGACUGGCAUUCGGCAUCUGUCGAUGACCUCAAAGCGAAGACUUCUUUCAACUCUCUGCUGAAUUCCUUGGAAGAAGAGUGGGGCCGUUGUGUAAAAGAUAACAACAUUUUGCAGGGCCCAGAUCUGCCAGGAAUCAAAGAAUACCUGCUGAAUCAUUUUGGAAAUGACCCAAAGAGCCUCGCCGCUGUCCUAUGUGAGUGCCUGGAGGAGGAGAAGAAAAUCUUGCAACAGAAGCAACUGGAAUCCCGAAUUGGAGAGCUGAAGAAGAUGUCUCAGGAGCUCAGCAUUGAGAUCGAGUCACUGGAAAGGCUGCAUGAAAACCUCCGUUCGAUACACGCGGCUCAGGACGUCGAGCAACAGGCCAACUUCUUCGGGCAGACAAAGCAGAUAGUACUCCGGCAGAUCUGGAACAUCUCAAAAGCGGCGGCGGAUGUGCUGGAAAGGCUUACGACUGUGGAGUUGCCUGGCUGGAAGCGGAGGCAGCAGCUGGCCUGCCUCGGAAGUCCCGUCGACACCCGCUUGGACCAUCUGCAGAACUGCUUCACAAGUCUGGCUGAGGUGCUCCAACAAGUCAAGCAGCAUCUGACCCAGCUGUCGGACCCCAACGAGCUCCGUCACGGCGCCGGCGGCCCUCUUGCGGAAAUAAAUACCUUCACGCAGUCUUUGAUGACUAAACUUCUUUCCAGUGCCUUAGUGGUGGAAAAGCAACCCGUCAUGGCGAGUAUGCCGAGUAUACAGCAACCUCUGGUGCUGAAGACCAAGGCGAACUUCACUGUGGGACUGAGGUUCCUGGUAAAUCUUGAAAAAUUUCGAUGCCUGCUGAAAGUUAAAGCUGUAUUUGACAAGGAUGUCGCUGAGAAAACUAAAACCAACGGCUUCCGUCACUUUGAUUUCACCAAGGAGCCGAGCAAGGUGCUAGACGUGAACGUAACUGGGGAUUGCUUGGUUGCCGAAUUUACCGACUUGGUAAAUCAGGAAAGCAAAAAGAGGGUGCGAAAAUCAGACGAGAGUGCUUUGACCGUCACGGAAGAACUGCACGUCAUCACUUUUGUGACCUGUUUCCAGCACGCCGGACUGGACUGUCACAUCCAGGCCAGCACUCUACCGGUCGUGGUCAUAUCGGCGACGGGCCAGCUUCCCAGCGCCUGGGCUUCCGUCAUGUGGUACAACGUGUCCACCAGCGAACCGAUGAACCUGUCGCUCUUUUCCGACCCGCCGCGGCUGUCCUGGCCGGAGCUUUCCCAGGUUCUGAGCUGGCAAUUUUUGUCCGUCGGAAAACGGCGACUUGACGACAACCAACUCUCCAUGCUCAGAGAGAAAUUUGUCGAGGAUCCCGACGGUUUUGUACACUGGAACUCAUUUUCCAAAGGAGGUUGUCAGAAAAACGUCAACGUGUGGCUUUGGCUCUCCGGAAUCCUGGAUCUCAUCAAAAAGCACCUGGCGGAUCUCUGGCGCGACGGGCUCAUCAUGGGCUUCGUCAGCCGAGAGAAAAUCAAGGAGCUGCUGUGGGAAAAAAAGACGGGCACCUUCUUACUCCGCUUCAGCGAGACCAACCAAGAUGGCGCCAUCUCCUACAGCUGGGUGGAACACCAUAACGGAGAGACUCAAGUGCACUCGAUUGAGCCCUACACCAAGUCGGACCUGGAGAAAAGCCCGUUGCCCGACGAGAUUUACGACUUCACUUCCAGAGUUCACGGCAACGUCACCAGGAAUCCUCUGCUCUAUCUGUACCCGGACGUGGACAAAGACGUCGCUUUCGGACGCUACUACUACGGCUCUGAUAAGCAGACACUUCCCAGGGUGUGGGGUUAUUUGCCACGAAGACCCAUCAAUGUGACCGAUAUGCCAACGCCGCCUCCUUCUCCACCACACGGCCAACAAGUUCCCCUCGAUGCCCAGCAUCCCUGAAGACUUUUGCCAUCCGACGGGGAUUUUUGAACUACCCGACCUCCUCUGAGCAACAUCAAGUUGGUGGCUUCACUUCAAUCUUAAAAUACUUGAGGCGGGAGAAUCAGGGAUAGUGAACAUGUUUGGUCGCUGCAUGCAGCUAUCAGGCCUGACACGAUAACC